UGUUCCCCCAACUCCCCCGCCAGCUCUCGCUCAUCGCACCGCAACUUCUCCUCCUUUCCCGCAAUUUCACCGCCAUGGCCCCGAAGACCAUCACUGUGGACAUCACGUCCGACACCGUCUGCCCCUUCUGCAUUCUGGGCAUCUCGCAGCUCAAGCAGGGCGUGGAGGCGUACAACGCCGAGAACCCGACAGCGCCCGUGACGAUUCACCACAAGCUACACCCAUACCAGCUGCGCUCUGAGAUGGCGUACGAGCCCGUGGCGCGCAACGCCGACAUGGACGCGCGCUACGGCUCGGGCGGCCGCGGGCCGGUAAUCCGCGCCAACCUUGCGCAGCAGUUCGCCGACGCCGGGCUCAAGUACGCGCCCGAUACGUUGCUCGCCAACACGCACCGCGCCCACCGCCUCGAGAUGCUCGCCCGCGAAAAGGGCGAUGAGGUAUCGUGGGACGUUGGAAUGGACCUUAUGCGCGCGUACCAGAUCGACGGGCAGGCGCCGUCCGACCCCGCCCUGCUCGCAAAGGUUGGCGUCAAGCAUGGGUUGUUCUCGUCCCAGGAAGAGGGCGAGAAGUGGGUCCUCUCCAACGCACUUGACAAGGAGACCAAGGCUGCGUACGCCGAGGGCCGUGGGAAGGGCAUCAACGGCGUUCCCAACUUCAUCUUCCAGGACAAGUACCAGACUUCAGGCGCCAUUGGCAAGGACGGGUUCAAGUCUGUUAUUGCUCAGAUCGUCGCCAAGGACGCCUAA